CUCACUCUCACUCACUCUCUUUUAUAGUACCAAGAAUACCACCAACCAAACAUCAUUGUUCUUUAACCCACAAAACACGGCCUACAAGCAUUCCUUUCUUUCAUGAUUCGUUGAACUCUGUUGGGCUCCAAACUCUUUUGUCAUUUUGUUUGUCUGAAAAUACUCCCAUGGCUGAAAAUCAAAACCUAGGUAAUGGUUCAAGUGCAGUGCCUGACCCGGUUGAAACGGGUUCGGAUAUGAAAAUGGACACAAAGGAAGGUGGUUUUAGAGCUGAGGUUGAUACUUCGGCUCCGUUUGAGUCGGUGAAGGAAGCAGUGAGUCGAUUUGGUGGACUCGGUUUCUGGAAACCCCACAGCUACAAGCUCACUGAAACUGAGAAUGACAUGGAAGAGGUUGAUAUGGCAAAACUAGAGGAGCAGGCAGCACAGGUGGAGAAAGAUCUGAUUGUGAAAGAGAGGGAGACACUGGAUGUCUUGAAAGAACUGGAAUCAACCAAAAUGAUCGUUGAAGAAUUGAAAUUAAAGUUACAAAAAGAAGCAUCUGAAUUUAGUGUGACACUUGAUACAAAUAUUGAUGAUAAGAACAUGAUUCCUUUAGUAAAGAAGGGAAACCACGAGAAUCAGAAUUCAGUGGAAGGUUUGAGCUUGUGCCCUUCUUCAGCUCCGGGUUUAAUAUUAAUGGAACUGAAAAAAGCUAAGUUAAACCUUGGUAGGACUACUACUGAUCUUGCUGACAUUCGAGUUUCUGUUGAAUUAUAUAACAAGAAAUUAGAGAAGGAAAGAAUCUCACUUGAGAAAACUCGUGAGAGUUUAACUCAAAAUUCUUCAAAGAUAUCAUCUCUUGAGGAGGAGCUAAACCAAACAAGACUAAAGCUACAGUUGGCAAAAGAUUCUGAAAUUAAAGUUGGUUCUGAUGAUGCCUUAGAUAUCUCAAAGGAGCUCCAAAGAUUAAGUUCUGAGGCAGAGCAAUUCAAAAAGGUGGGAGAAGCUGCAAAAUCAGAAGUUUUGAGAGCAAUCUCUGAGAUUGAACAGACAAAAACGAAGAUUAAAACAGCCGAAAUAAGGUUGGUUGCUGCCAGAAAAAUGAAGGAAGCAGCUAGAGCGGCAGAAGCUGUUGCUCUUGCAGAGAUCAAGGCUCUAUCAAACCAUGCAAUCUCAUCAAGAGACAACUUGCAAAAGGCUGAUGGAGUAACUCUUUCAUUUGAAGAGUACUCUUCUCUAACCGCCAAAGCCCAAGAGGCUGAGGAACUUUCUAAGAAGAGAGUAAUAGAGGCUAUGCUUCAAGUUGAUGAAGCAAAUGUAUCAAAAAUGGACAUUUUAAAAAGGGUUGAGGAAGCUACUGAGGAAGUCAAAACCAGUAAGAAGGCACUGGAAGAAGCUCUCCACAGAGUGGAAGCUGCAAAUAAGGGAAAGCUAGCAGUUGAAGAGGCUCUUCGCAACUGGAGAUCUGAGCAUGGUCAGAAAAGGCGUUCUGUCCAAAACUCUACCAAGUUUAAAAACCCUUACCCACCUCACCAUCGAAGAGAUUCCCGUCUACUAGAUGUAAAUGGACUUAAUCUGGUUAGUGAUGGAAUAACGCCUGUUUUGAAGCCAACCUUAUCAAUAGGACAGAUACUGAGCCAGAAGCUACUUAUGCCAGAGGAGUUUGAAUCGGGAAUGCUGGCAGAGAGAAGAUCUGGGAAGCGAAAGGUGUCACUGGGUCAGAUGCUUAGUAAACAAUAUAGUGAUCCACCCUCUUGGAAGACUGAGAGGGAAAGUGGUCACAAGCAAUUCUCUGCAAAGAGAAAGAAGUUUGGAUUUGCUAAGUUCUCACUACUUAUGACUAAGCAAAGUAAGAAAAAGAAGAAACCAACUCCAAACUUGAAGUAACACAGUGAGGCAGUGAAGAUCACAGUCCAGCACUGACUUCUAUUUCUUUGUUCCUAGCCUUCCUUUUCCCUCUGGUGAAGUUCUUGGUUAUGUUUGUAUGCCUUUUAGUACCUUGAUAUUCAUUCUACUUAUGGUGGUUGUAAAGCUUCUUGUCAUUUAUAUAUAAUGCUUAACCCUCUUUAUGGCUUGUCCUAA